AUGGAAGGCGUGGUACACAGAACAGUAGAAGUGAACGGCAUAAAAAUGCAUGUAGCAGAAAAAGGGGAAGGUCCUGUGGUGUUGUUCCUCCAUGGCUUCCCUGAACUCUGGUACUCCUGGCGCCACCAGAUUCGGGCUCUUGCUUCCCGAGGAUACCACGCUGUUGCUCCGGAUCUACGUGGCUUCGGUGACACGGAGGCACCACCUUCAAUCAGCAGCUACAACUGCUUGCACAUAGUGGGUGAUCUCGUUGCCCUUAUCGACUCUCUGGGUGUCCAACAAGUCUUCCUUGUGGCUCAUGACUGGGGUGCCAUCAUAGGUUGGUACCUCUGCAUGUUUCGCCCUGACAGAGUGAAGGCCUACGUCUGCCUCAGCGUCCCUUUCUGGCCCAGAAACCCAAAAGUGAAGCCCGUUGAUGCCAUGCGGGCCUUAUACGGAGAUGACUACUAUAUCUGCAGAUUCCAGGAGCCAGGAAAGGCAGAAAGUGAGUUAGCCAAAAGUAGCACUGAAGAGAGCUUGAAAAACGUGCUGAUAAAUCGCACACCCGGGCCACCAAUCUUGCCAAAAGAUGGAAUGGGUUCAAAUCUUAACACUUCAAUGCCUCUUCCUUCUUGGCUUUCACAAGAAGACCUGAAGUACUAUGCUUCCAAAUUUGAAAAGACAGGCUUCACUGGAGGCCUCAACUACUAUAGAAAUAUCAACUUAAAUUGGGAGUUAACAGCACCUUGGACUGGAUCACAAGUGAAAGUACCGGUGAAGUUCAUUACAGGUGAUUUGGAUUCAGUAUACACCUCACUAGGGACGAAGAAUUACAUAGAGAGUGGAGCAUUCAAGAAAGAUGUGCCAAAUUUGGAAGAAGUGGUUGUGCAGGAAGGAGUGGCUCACUUCAACAACCAAGAAGCUGCAGAGGAUGUCAGCAAUCACAUUUAUGAUUUCAUCAAGAAGUUCUGA